UUAGAAGAUACACCACCUCCAUUACCUGAGAUUCCUGAACAUGCAACAUACAUCUUAGUUGGAGCUGGAACAGCAUCAUUUGCUGCUUACAGGGCCAUUAGAAAAGCUGAUAACAAUGCUAAGGUACAUGUAUUUAUGUAUUAUUCUCAAGUUUGUUUAUCCCACUAUGUUCAAUGACCAAAAUGUCCUGGCCAAUGUUAUGGAACUCUGCUGUUCCAUAGGGUUGACUUCCAAAUGGUAAUUUAGGGUCAGGGUCAAACUUGUGCUAAUUUCCCAUAGUAGAUCAUGUCAUCCUCUCAGAGGGUUUGUCUUGUUGGAAAUAAAUGUUGCCUACCAUCAUAUGAUCUACAGUACAUUGGGUACCAUAACAAUGAAGUGGAUUACUUCAAUUUAUUGAUCCUCCUGAGGAAAGAUCACAACUCUGAUUUCUCUGUGUUUAGGUACUGAUAAUUGGUGAAGAGGAAUACCCACCAUAUAUGAGACCUCCACUAUCAAAAGAGCUGUGGUAUUGUGAUGAUGAUGAACUUGUCUCCCAACUGAAGUUUAAACAGUGGAAUGGAAAAGAAAGGGGGUGUGUGUUUAAUAUUUUCAUUUAUGUAGGGUUAGUACUGGAGCUUUAAAAAUCACAGAAUGUUUAGAGGACCUGUACAAUUCAGUGAAAGCUCAGUUAUCCAGACACAUCAGGACUGGGGUAAACAGUCUCAAAAGUUCAGAGUCCAUUUGUUGCUCAUCUUUUUCUCAUUUCAUUGUUUCUAACAGAGGAUAAUUCAGCGGCACUUGCCAAGUUUGUUCAUCUUUUUUGGUGGCAUGAUCAGGGGCUCAGCAUCAGUGUUAGUGGCACUUGCUCUCCAAAAGGAAAUUAGUUAUUGAUCAGAAGCUCUUUUCGUAUCUUGAAUAAACAAUAAUCAUGUCCUCUAAAUAUUAAUUAUCUUCCUGAUGAUUUUUAUUUUGAAAAUUAAACCAGAGAAGUCUGGAUACACUGUAUGUGAGGUGCCUAUUCAUUGUAAUCGGUUGCAGAUAGUUGAAGUUUGACUUUAGGAUAUCUUUAUUUUGUAUUUCUUUUCCUGUUGCAUACAUUGUAGAAUCUUUUUUGAGCCAGAAGCAUUUUUCUGUAAGCCUGGUGAACUACCAAGUAAAGAGGAAGGAGGUGUGGCUUUACUAAAGGGUAAAAAGGUAAGGAUAUUUGAAAGUAGUAACAUUCUCAAUGUUGCCAAUAACCUCUUUUUUAAACCUCACUGAUUGUCCUUUCUCUAGGUCGUAGGAAUUAAUAGCAAAGAGCAAAAAGUCAAGUUAGAUGAUGGAACAGAAAUUGGAUAUGACAAAUUGCUCUUGGCCCCAGGUUUGUUGCUAGGAACAGAAAUUAUUUUCUUACACUCUUUCUGGUAGAAUGUUAAAAUCUUGCAGACUUCAAACCUAUGGUAAACAUGAUAAUAAUAAUAAUAAUAAUAAUAAUAAUAAUAAUAAUAAUAAUAAUAAUAAUAAUAAUGGUAAUAAUAAAAAUAAUAAUAAUAAUAAUAAUAAUAGUAAUAUAUUUAACGAUAAUAUUAUAAUAUUUAAUGAUAAUGACAAUAAUAAUGAUAACACUUUAUUUUCUACUACCGUAGACAACUAAAAGAAUAUGAUAAUGAUAAUAAAAUGGUAAUUUGGAAGAAGGAGAAUUCUUAUACCAGAAAGCUCAGAAAAAAUAAUCUGAGGUGAGAAUCGAACUCAUGACCCUCUGAGUUCUAGUUCAGAUGCUCUAACCACUGAGCCACUGGAGGCUCUAUAACAAUGAUAAUAAUACUGCUCAGUAGUUUUCACUCCAUCUCAUUUGAAUUCUGGGAAUUUAUAACACUUUUUAGUAAACCAAAAUGGGAUUCAAAUGGAUAUUAAUCCUUCAGGAGCACCAGAUAUUUUGCAGUAACUAAAAAAAAAACAAAAACAACACAGAAAAUUUAAUAUUUUUGUCAUUUCUUGCUGAGUGAUAUCAAUAUUAUUUCAUCUCAGGUGGCAUCCCAAGAAAUCUUCCUAUUUUUGAAAACAGCAGUGAUGAAGUUAAGAAAAGAAUAACCCUCUUUAGAAAGGUGAGAACAGUCUUUCCCAUAGUUUUGUUUUGUAUACAUGUAUGAAGACUUUUCUUGCCUACAGUGUUCUGACAUGAUUUUAACAACCAUAUUAUUAGAUUAUAGAGCUCUACAGCUUAACUCACUAUCAACAGUUCAAAUGAAAUGUAAAUCAGUAGUUAUCCCACACUUAGUUGCUUUCACUGAAGCUUUGUAACCUUUUAAUGAUCUGUCAUUCCAAGAAUAAAGCACCUACUCCUUCAAAAUUAAUUUUGGCAGGAAAUUAGACUCAAAAUUCGUCAAGCAGGACAAGUUGACCUAACUUAGUUGCCCUCUUGGUCCGCUUCAGAACCUAUCUCACUUAAGCUUGCUUAAUUAAUUAUUCCAUUCUUUAGGAUUACAGGAUUACUGACAAACACUUCCCCCAUAUUUCUGAUCAAAAGAGGUCAUCUUUGUGCAAGUCUGAGGCGACAAGUGUACAGUCACAUAUUCUGUGCACAUUUACAUACAUCCCUGCCUAAUGCUGGCCAGUUAUCAACAACUCUUAUGUUAUUUGCAUGGAUAGAUAACAUCAUUCUCUGAACAUCGUCUUAGUGCUUGACCUCUUGGGCUUAGUACUAUAGAAAUGAAUAUUUAUACAUUAUUUGUUCUCAGAUUGUGGAUUUCAAAGAUCUUGAUGAUGCUAUAAAGGAGGCCAAGUCUGUUGCUGUUGUUGGUGGAGGAUUUCUGGGAAGUGAAUUGGCCUGUGCACUUGGCCACAGAGGUUUAGUCUCAAAAGAUCGUAUUGUGCUAAAUACAGUUCUUUUUGCUAAAUUCAACUUUUAUCAGAUGAAGGAUAAUCUAGUUUGGCAGCAUCUGCUGUUACAUACAAUGUCCAAGAAGUUACUAUACAUGUUCUGUUUAUUCAGUUAUUAAGAUAGCAUUAAAAUCAAGGACAAGUUCAGGGCUGUCACCAAGAGCUGGUGCUGGCAGCUACUAUGAGCGUGAUCCGUGGCUACUCUUAUAUGAAAUAAAAGGAAAAUGGAACCAAAAGAACUUCCUAGCUUUAUUCUUCAUCUUCUGGGUGUAUGCAAUUAGUAUAAUUCCUCUCCUACUAAUUUCAUACACCCAGCAACUUGAAAUUUUAGCGACAGCCCUGAAGGUACAGACACCAGUACAACUGUAUGUUUUCAAAACUGAGCUGCAAAUAACAGUCACCCAUUGGACAAUAUCCAACUUUUAUUUGCACCCUGAUUGGAGAAGCUUGAUUUUCCUUACUUGUUAGUUCACAUUCAAUGAUAUUUUGUUUUUUCAAUCAGGUAAGAAAACUGGUAUGAACGUCCUGCAGAUAUUCCCAGAGGAUGGUAAUAUGGGCAGAGUUUUACCCAAAUAUUUAACAGAGUGGACAACAAAUAAAGUGAGAAAAGGUGAGAAAAGAAGAAUACAGUGUACCUACAAAGUUGCUAACACUUCACUAUUUAAACAUUUGUUAAGUAAAAUAUCUUGUCUGUAUCAAGCUUGAUUUAGGGCAUAAAAUUUUGUAUAGGCUUCCUUGUCAUUACUGCUUUGAACAUUUGUAAAUAAUUUAGUUAGAAUAGUGUCUAUUAUCUUUAAUAUAUUUUAAAUUUCUUGUAUAUUAUUGAUGUAUUCUUAUGUGGUUAAUGGCAAAUAUUAUAAAUCAAUGAAUGUAUAGGGAGCUUAAGCAAAGAUGUUUUUUGAGCAAUGCAGCAGUUUUGCUGAAACUUCUGACAUAUCAUCUCUUUGAGAAUAAACACACUUGGCAUUUCAAACUUGGCAGCAUCAAGGCAUUUUAAAGAGAAAACUCUUCACCUCCAGUUGACCUGCCUCUCCCAAAAACGCCUUUGCUCAAGCUCCCCAAUAUUUAAUUGAGUACAACUGUGUAGUGGACGUGCAUUCUUUGUGGGAGUGGUUGAGGCACAAAUAUUAAUCUAGGCGGCUCAUGCCUCAGUAGGUUCUUACAGCAGUGUUCUUACCAGGAUUUCGUACACUGAGUCCACAGCACCCAUUGAGAAGCUAAAAGGGGGUCAUGAGGGAGAAAAGCGAUAGAUACAGUUAACUCAACGUUUUCACAGGUCUGAGUCUAAUAAAGAUGGGUGUUUUCUAAAGACCCCAAAACCAAUUAAAUUUUGGCUUAUAUUGUAAGGAAAUGUACAUACAUUUGUAUGUGUACAUGUACAUACGCUUACUUACGUUUUGUAAUAGUUUUUUUUCUUUUUGUGCCUUAGGGACCCUUUGGGCUAAUUAUAGUGCGGCACUUCCUGAAAAAGUGUUGCGUUCUGAUAGGAAUAUGCAGCUGUUAGUAACUGGAUCUUCUUGUUGUGUUACAACCUAAAUACAGCCUUAAGUUUCAGCCGUUUGAAGCGCUUGUGACCUUCUUGUGUCUGUACUUAUUACACCACCUAAAGCAUUCAGUUUUCUUAUCAGAUUUUCCUUAUAUUUUUAUAGAGGGUGUGAAUGUAAUUCCGAAUUCCACAGUGGAACAUGUCUCAUUCAAAGACAAUCAAGUUAAUCUUAGGUUAAACAGUGGAGAAGAGGUGAGAUACUAGUACCUUUAUUUUGCUUUGAUGUUGAAAGAGAAAGCUAGAGUGCUUACCAUUUACACAAACCACUUGUUUGAAAUCUUGCAUGUAAACAAAAGUACUUAACUAUAAAAUUUGAUGUGAUGGGGGAGAGUGACCCAUCACAAAGUAUGUCUAUAUCAGUUGAACAGAUGGCUAAAAGUGUAGAAAAUUGCAUCACCUCAAAUCACAGCCCAUAUUUUCUGAAGCUUCGUAAACAAAAUGGCAUGAAUCAUUUGAUUUUCUAACCAGAAUUUGUGGUUUUCCCAUGUCAAUGGUACGUACCCCUGGUCAUCAAUACAUUGUUACUGGUCAGGAAGUAUUCAGUGUCUACUUCCUGAUAGCCUGUGUACAGCCGCCCCUCCCCUCAAAAAAAUCGAUUUUUUUUAGGGGAGGGGCGGCUGUACACAGGCUACUUCCUGAGAUCUUACGUUUGUUGAAUCUAUUUACUGGGCUCUCUGGAAACCAGGGUAAAACCCAUCUCAUAAAGGUCCUUUUAAGAAGAGUUGACUUCAGUAGAAGUUUAUUUUUACAGGUUUGUAGCAACACUGUCAUUGUAUCUUAGCAAAUGUUUAUCUUGCAGCUCCAAGCAGACCGAGUGAUUGUUGCAGUAGGCCUGGAACCAAAUGUUGAGCUUGCCAAUGUUGCUGGUCUCGAAGUGGACCCAAUUCUUGGAGGUUUCCAUGUCAACUCUGAACUACAAGCCAAGUCUAAUAUUUGGGUGGUAAGAAGGCAAAAGAUGACUGCCAUUGGACAGAGACUGGCUAAAUGCCUAGUAGUUGUUUCGCUGACUGCUAUAUAUUGCUCAAUUUAGUUCUUCCUGAAAUUUCACCUCAUAUGCCAGACUUUAUACAUUUUGCGUUAAUAGUUUGUUGUGAUGAUUUUAGGCCGGAGAUGCGGCUUGCUUUUAUGAUCCAAACCUCGGAAGGCGCCGAGUGGAACACCAUGAUCAUGCUGUGGUCAGCGGAAGACUGGCAGGAGAAAACAUGACAGGCGCAGGCAAACCUUACUGGCACCAAUCCAUGUUUUGGUCAGUGCUAUGAUGGCCUAGCGGCCUUAUAAAGUAAUAAAAGUUUCGGCCGGGUUAGGAUCCAGGCUGGUUUUAUUUGUAAAUUCUCGAGCACAAGUUUUUUUCCUUGUGCCUGUGACUUUACUAACUAACAUAGCAGGCACGAUAGUCUGGAACGAUACUCUUGUGGUGUGCGUGAAAGAAAUACCCAACAAAAUUUUAUCUUGUUUUAAUAGGAGCGAUCUAGGGCCUGAUGUUGGUUACGAAGCUAUUGGAUUGGUAGAUUCUGUGCUACCGACGGUAGGAGUCUGGGCCAAAGCAACCGAAGCUGACACGCCUAAAGCAGUAGUAGAAGCUACAGGUGAAGGCGUCCGCUCAGAAACAGAGGGUGAGGUGAGUCGGUGGAAAAACUUUGUACCUUUUUUGAAUUGGUCAACUAAAACGCCACAGGGGGCUCUCACAAGGUCGCUUACGAGAGCUUCAGUCAGAAACUCAUUGACAAUUCAUGAAGAAAAAACAAAAGAAAGUAAUAUUUAAUGAGUGUCUUUAAAAUUAUCUGAUAUAGACCAGGCUAAGCCUUACGUCCAGUUUGUUUUUAGACCAUUAGCACAGUGCAUUUUCAUUAAAGCGUUGAUUUAUAUGAAUAACACUAAAAGUGGAGGCUGAGUGGUCGCUUACGAGAGUUUAAAAACAAAAGAAAAGUCCAGUUGGGUAAACCCCAAGGUGGUCGCGGUCGCUUCUUCGUUUUUCUUGGAUUUUUAUCACUGACUUAAAGUACUGAAACAUUUUUUCAACCAGGGAUCUGAGCCCUCCCCUGUGGUGCUCACCCAGCCAGCGGCCCCAGUCCCUACCGCGUCGUCAGAGGAGUUUGGUAAAGGUGUUGUAUUUUACAUGAGAGGCAAGCGAGUCGUGGGAGUUGUAUUAUGGAACGUCUUCAACAGAAUGCCCCUCGCCAGAAAGGUUAGUGUGAUUUAGUUGGUAAUGCAUGGUUGGAUCAAUUAAGGUGUCUGGGGAAAGUGCCCACCUACCCCUCUCCUAAGCUAACAUUAACACUUGCUUCUCACUUAGGGCAAAAUGAUGGCGUAGGGGAGGGGUAGGUGGGCAGUUUCCUAGAAACCUUAAGUGAUCCGCAUUGCUCUUUUUGCUCUUUUUCUCUUCAAAGUGUCACCGUCCCGAAUCAAAAGCCAGAAGAAAAUCUGAUGUGGAUUUAAAAAAUAUUUAUUUGGACACUUAUUUGUUAACCGUUUAGUAUUUGACUUUUGUUCGUUCUUUCUUGCUUUGCAGAUUAUUAAGGAGGGAAGAGACCAAGACGAUCUUAAUGAGCUCGCUAAACUGUUUGAUAUCCACAAAAGCUAA